AUGCAAUUCAACCUCAACACCGUGGCCCUCCUCGCCACCCUCCUCCCCCUGGCCUCCGCCGUCCCCUCGGAAGUAACCGACAGCAGCCUCGCCAAGAGACAGAGACAGUACCAGUGCGAGACCUCGAACAACCUCGGCGCCUGCAACAACGCCAUUGCCAAGCUGAGAGGUCACGAGGCUAGAGGCUGCGAUGUCUGGUCCUGCAUCGGUGCCUUUGCGGCCGUGAUCCCUGCUUGUGGAGCUGCUGUUGAUGAGCUCUUCCUGAACCCUCUCGCCGAUGUGGCUUGCAUCGGAGCCGUGGCCAACUUCCAAGGCCCUUGCAAGGGCUGUGAGCCUUUCUAG